AUGGCGUCCGACCCGAAACCCGAGACGAACCUGGACCUCGAGGCCGGAGCUCCCCGCCGGCUCUACCCCUCCAUGACCGAGAACCCGGCGCUCCGCUGGGUCUUCAUCCGCAAAGUCUACACCACCCUCAUCGUCCAGCUACUCCUCACCGCCGCCGUCGCCGCCACCGUUGCGUUGGUCCGCCCGGUCACCCUCUUCUUUGUCGACACCUACGCCGGCCUCGGCGUUCUCAUCGCCGACUUCGUCUUGGCCCUCGCCGUGGUUGUUGCUUUGCGCUUUUGCGGCAAGAAGUACCCGGUGAAUUUCAUUUUGAUGGGGCUUUUCACUGUCUUGAUUGGAGUCAUUGUUGGAAUGCAUUGUGUUUUUACUCAAGUUCUUUGGAAUUUGUAUGCGGUUUUCCGAUUCUUCUUGACACUCUACACAUUCUGGGCUGCAAGGAGAGGCUAUGAUUUCAGCUUCCUUGGUCCUUUUCUGUUUGCUGCUUUGACUGUUCUUAUUGGGUUUAGCCUGAUUCAGAUUUUCCAUCCUCUGGGAAAAACCAGUCACAUGAUAAUCACCCUUGUGGGAUGCAUCAUCUUCUGUGGCUACAUUGUCUACGACACGGAUAAGCUGAUCAAGCGCCAUGAGUAUGAUGAGUACAUGUUGGCUGCAGUCCAGCUAUACUUGGAUGCCAUCAACCUCUUCAUGAAUUUGAGCGCAACUCUUAAAAGCUGA